AAUGCUGUCGUCCUCACUGCGCCGGGCUGCAUGGGCUCCCAUCGGACCCAUCGCCGGCAUAUCUCGUGCGUCUAGCCAAAGUAUUACUACCUCCGCGAACGGCCUCAUCGGCUCGUCACAACAUACGCCUGCGAAGGGAGUGAACUCUGCAGAAAAGCGUGAGGGGAAGGCCUCCAGACGGCGGGGCAAGGAUAGCAACGGCCGCAAUGGCUCCAAGCAGCAGACGGCUUUUUCCCGACUCCCCAGCGUUCCCUCAACCCAGCAUCUCCAGCCGCAUGACGUCCACGUCGCGUCGUUCUUUUCCAUCCACCGACCCAUCUCCGUCUCCACCACCGUUCCUCCGACCUCAACCCCCGAAGCGUUCGACGCCAUUUUCACCGCAAAAAAGUCGGCUAAGCCCGAGGUGGACGAUGUCAUCUUCACGCUCUCCUCCGCUGUGAACUCCAUGGAGAACUCCGCUCAGCAGCCCGGUGAGCAGGAGGGCUCUUUGCAGUACUUCGACAUGGAAGGCAACCAGCUUGAUGGCCUGAACCUUUCCGACCUGAAAGUCUCCGUCGAGGAACUUACGAAGCGCCUGCGUCCCUUCCACCCUCCUCCCCCGCCGAUUCCCUUCGAUGAGGCGAGAGACGCCGGUGCCUCCGAGUUCGAGGACCUUCCCCGCGAGACCUCCAGCUACUCCGCCGUCCUGACCAUCCAUGAGUCGACCCACGCCGACGGUCGCAAGACAUACGAGGCUCACACUGGUCCUUUCGUCCCAGCCGACGAAAUGGAAGCUCCCGGUGCUAUCGGGGAGACCAAGGCCAUUAUCGAUGUCCCCCGUAACUCCGGCACCACCUACAUUGAGCGUCUGCGGAACAACCGGACCAUGCACGCCAUCAGCACCAAGAGACGGCGCAGAUUGAAGAUGAAGAAGCACAAGCUGAAGAAGCUGCGUAAGAGGACGAGGACCUUGAGACGGAAGCUCGAGAAGGCUUAAUCCAGACCAUUGCUAUCGCUGCUUCUGCUACGCUACAAUCCGAAUAAACCUCCUUUGUUGUCAUCUUCCCAUCAUUAAUCUCAUCCAAUUGCUCUCCAUGCCUCUGGUUCCCACAGAGAAGUCCUUCUAGACUUGCACACCUUCGCCUGUCGGAUCUCAAGCUUGGUGUCUUUUUGUCCUGCAUGUAUGUGUGUGCUUGGUUGGCUGCUCCUGCCAUAUCGCAUAUAUUUCCUUCAGGCGUCAUCUCAUUUUCCUUUUUCUCUUAAAUAUUUGAAUAUCCAUCGCAUUAUCCCACUCCAAUAGACAAUACCAUGUGUAUGUAUGUUGCCAUCUUAUUUGGCCUGCUUGUUCUUAUGCAGGUGGAAUAUCCACAAUGCAUUUGCCUGAACGGGUAGAAAGGAUACUACCAUCAGUUUAACAAGUCAGCAUUGCAAAGUGAUCCUAUGAUCCAGCUAAAGGAUCACAUAAAGGAACAACUCCC